AUGCGCUCCUUCACCGCCCUCUUGGCUUCCGCCUCGUUGCUCGUUGUCAGCACUCUUGCUGUGCCAAAUACUGCGUGGCAAGGUGGCAGCUAUGGCGGCUGGGGCAAGAACAAGAGCCCAAGCUGGAAUCCAGGCCGUGACUCCAAGUGUCUAAGUGACUCGGAAGCCCAAGCUGUUGCCGACAAUUUCAAAGAGUCGAUCGCAGCCUACAGCGAUGCCCUCGCCGAUGCCGCAUUCACCACAGACUUCCAAGACUACUCCGAUUCCGUCAUCGAGCUCAUCGACAACGGCUGCCCGAACAGCCCAGUAGCCCUCGGUACCGCCACCUUCGACUCCCUCGCCUCCUUCAAGGCCGGACAAGGCGCACAACCCCCCAUCCCCUUCGAGAUCCUCAACAUCUGGCACAACUGCGACACCAUCACUAUCCGCUGGGUGUCUGCACAGACGCCUGCACAGGUCACUGGCAUUAUUGUCAUUGAGGCUGCUUAUGAGAAUGAUAGGUGGAUGAUUGAGACCGUGUUCAGCGAGUUUAACUCUGGUGCUUGGUUGGUCAAUUUGGGGAUCUUUAAGCCGUCGAGUUGCACGGCGUAG